UUGGAGCUACAUUGGAUUCGGGCUGGGAUUUUUUGACGCCGUAUGUUUUUCUUAAAAGAAAACCAGUUUUCGUACUUUUGUCGGGGUUCGUCAGCCGCGCGCGUUUGUACACGAUGAACUCCAGUGUCGACCUGUCCAGGCGGAAUCCGCAGGAGGAUUUUGAGCUGAUCCAGCGGAUAGGAAGCGGCACAUACGGAGAUGUAUACAAGGCUCGUAACGUAAACACAGGGGAGCUGGCUGCUAUCAAAGUCAUCAAACUGGAACCGGGGGAGGACUUUGCUGUCGUCCAGCAGGAAAUCUUAAUGAUGAAGGAUUGUAAACACUCUAACAUCGUUGCCUAUUUUGGCAGCUAUCUCAGAAGGGACAAAUUAUGGAUCAGCAUGGAGUAUUGUGGAGGUGGUUCUCUGCAGGAUAUAUAUCAUGUAACUGGGCCUCUGUCAGAGUCACAAAUAGCCUACAUGUCGCGGGAAACCCUGCAGGGUUUAUACUACCUACACAAUAAAGGCAAAAUGCACAGAGAUAUUAAGGGAGCCAACAUCCUCUUGACGGACAACGGCUACGUUAAACUUGCUGAUUUUGGAGUGUCAGCCCAAAUCACAGCCACUCUUGCCAAGAGAAAGUCAUUCAUUGGAACACCUUACUGGAUGGCUCCGGAGGUGGCAGCAGUGGAGAGGAAGGGGGGCUACAAUCAGCUGUGUGACAUCUGGGCCGUGGGCAUUACUGCGAUUGAGCUGGCAGAACUACAGCCGCCCAUGUUUGACCUACACCCGAUGAGGGCUCUGUUCUUGAUGACCAAGAGUAACUUCCAGCCUCCGAAGUUGAAAGAUAAACUCAAGUGGACGAAUAACUUCCAUCAUUUUGUGAAACUAGCUCUUACCAAGAAUCCAAAGAAGAGGCCUACAGCAGAGAAACUGCUGCAGCAUCCGUUCGUCUCCCAGCCUCUCAGCAGGACGCUUGCGAUCGAGCUGCUAGACAAGUCCAACAACCCCGACCACAGCACGUACAACGACUUCGAUGAUGACGAGCCUGAGCCCGAGUCUCCAGUCUCGGUUCCUCAUCGGAUUCGCUCCACCAGCAGAAGCACAAGGGAAGGAAAGACCCUGUCUGAGAUAAACUUCGGACAAGUGAAGUUUGAUCCUCUUCUGAGAAAGGAGACAGAACCUCAUCACGAGCCGUGUGAUUCUGAGCCCUAUCUGGACUGUGUUGAGGAGCUCUACUAUACCGCGAGAUCUAAUCUGGACUUGCAGUUGGAGUAUGGCCAGGAUUCACCAAGUUUGCUCGGAGGAAACAAAAGUCUUCUCAAGUCUGUCGAGGAGGAACUUCAGCAGAGGGGCCAUGUUGCACACUUAGGGGAUGAUGAGGAUGAGGAUGAUGAUGGUGCAGAUGAUGAUGAAACUCACACUCACAAAUCAAGCACGAUCAAGAGGCCAAAGGAGCCACCGCCACUCCCUCCGAAGCCUAAGUCUCUCAGCUCCUCCCAGCACCAGCCUCAACACAAAAACGAUGAUGGCCAAUUGCACAAUGACGACGACGCCGGAGGGGGAACCAUCAAACGGUGCCCGGCCACAGAGACGCCGAGCCCCGCCAAGGCGUCCUCCAGCGUCCCCCCACGGCCCCCGCCCCCGAAGCUGCCACCCCACCGCCGCAGCAGCCUAGGUAACGACAGCCCGCAGCGCAAAGACCUGGAAAGCUCUGCCCCAGAGGAUGAUGAUGAUGGAAGCUUUAGGCAUUUCUGGGAGUGGCUCCACACGCCUCACACAGAGGAGGAGCUGGAGGAGGCGUGGGAGGUGCUGAAGGAGGUGAAAGAGGAGCAGGAAAAGGAAGAGAGUAAUGGACUGAACUCUCCCCAUAAUGGUGAGAGGGAAAGUCCUGGAGAGAGGCAGUCUACCAUGCCCCCUAGUGUCCCUGUACGGAAAGACAAGAAGGAUGUUCCCAAGCCUAUCAGUAACGGUCUUCCUCCAACACCGAAAGUCCAUAUGGGCGCCUGUUUCUCCAAAGUAUUCAAUGGCUGUCCGCUGAAGAUCCAUUGUGCCACAUCAUGGAUCAAUCCCGACACUAGAGAUCAGUAUUUAAUAUUCGGAGCUGAGGAGGGAAUCUACACGCUAAACCUUAAUGAGCUUCAUGAGACGACGAUGGAGCAGCUCUUCCCUCGGAGGUGUACAUGGUUGUAUGUCAUGAACAAUUGUCUUCUUUCUAUAUCUGGAAAAGCCUCCCAGCUGUACUCCCACAGUCUGUCUGGACUCUUUGAACAGGCCAGACAGCUGCAGAAGCUACCAGUAUCCAUUCCCACACACAAACUCCCUGAUAAGAUUAUCCCAAGGAAGUUUGCUGUUUCCAAUAAGAUUCCAGACACUAAAGGAUGUCAAAAGUGUUGUGUGGUCCGUAACCCGUACACCGGCCAUAAAUACCUGUGUGGAGCCUUCCAGUCCAGUGUCAUGCUGCUGGAGUGGGUGGAGUCCAUGCAGAAGUUCAUGCUCAUCAAGAACAUCGAUUUCCCGUUGCCCUGUCCGUUGGAAGUCUUUGAGAUGUUGGUGGUCCCGGAGCACAUGUACCCUCUAAUCUGCGUGGCGGUCAGCAAAGGAACCGAACUCAACCAGGUGGUCCGGUUCGGCACCGUCAACCCCAAUGUUACCUCCUCGUGGUUUACAGAAGCAGACAUGCCGCAGACAUGCGUGAUCCACGUCACGCAGCUGGAGCGAGACACUAUUCUGGUCUGCCUAGACAGAUGUAUAAAGAUAGUGAACCUUCAGGGCCGGCUAAAGUCCAGCCGGAAGUUGUCCGCUGAACUCACCUUCAACUUCCAGAUCGAAGCUAUAGUUUGUCUUCAGGACAGUGUUCUAGCCUUCUGGAGACACGGCAUGCAAGGUCGAAGUUUCAAGACUAAUGAGAUCACGCAAGAGAUCUGUGACAACACACGCAUCUUCAGACUACUGGGAUCCGACAGACGUGCUGAUGAUAGAGACCCAGACUCUGAGGACAGAGGCCGCUCUCUGCCCAGGGUGGUGGUGUUGGAGAGCCGGCCGACGGACAACCCCACAGCCCACAGCAACCUCUACAUCCUGGCGGGCCACGAGAACAGCUACUGAGUCCCCGAACCCCCCGACCCUCGCACCACCCGCCGCGGCGCCGUCUAAACAACGAAAGCAACGAAACGAGCCGGUAGUGGCUUUCAUCCCAGCAUCGCAGCUUAACCCCCCUCGCCCGCCUGCUUGGUAACGUGACCGGGAGACCAGGAGAAUUUGUGAAUGCAGAUGUUUGCACCCUUUUAAACUGCAUCCGUGUGUAUGUGAAAGGUGUUCGUUAGUUCGGGGAGAGAACGGGGAGGGACUUCUCUCGGAUUUGUUUAUGUCAAAGCAACGAGUCUUAACACUCCGCGUGAAGACGCAGCUUCCCACCUUUCCCUGCAAGACUGCACAUGGAGUAUAGAAGCAUCCAGAAAACACCAACGCUACACUUGUUCUUCUUGUAAUACUACUGCUGUUUGUGCCGAAGCUUCAUAGAAGGGCCAUUACGCCCCAGAAAUUCACCCCGACCCCCUUUUUUUUGUUUUCUCCUCCAUUUUUUUGUUUUUGUUUUAACUGUCCCUUUAUUUAUUGUGGCAUGGCGUAACUUUAUUAACAAGGACGACUUUCUUCAUUUGUCAUAAAAUGUUUGUUUUAAAGACAAAAAAAUCAAAAAAAUAGACCAGACUAAAAACUUUUUUUUUUUGUCACUUUUGCUAACAAUAAAUCCCCAGUACCCGUCACUACACCACACAAGUGCUUAUUAAACCUUUAUUUAAUUCCUUGUAAAUACAUUUUUUUUUUAAAUGGCAAAGUCGAACACUAAAAGAAAAAGUCUGGUUGUGUAUAUACGUGUGUCGAUAGCUGCUCUGUCGAACCCUGGAGGCGCAAAGAGGAGUCACAGAUUUUCAAAUUUCUUUUUUUUUUUUUUUUUUUUUUUACGUUUGUUUGUUUUGUUUUUAACGUGUGGCGAGUUUCGGUUCUCUUCAGGUGAACGGCUUCAGUAAUCGGACAUUUCCCCCCGGAAAGAGGCAAAAACACGCAGGAUGCGGUUGCUCGUCUUCGUCCUGCAAGCGUCACUUCCUGCCUCAUCCCUUGGAGUUCUGCCCCCUCCAGUUUUUAACGCUGUUUUUUUUUUUUUUUUUUCAGAAAAAAUUGUCCUUUUUUAUGUUCUUUUUAUUAUUAUUGUUUCCUUUCAUUUUAUUGAACCACUGGUAUUUGAAAUUUGCACAACAAGACGAAAUGCGUUUCAUACGUGAUGUCAUGAUAGCGUGUGUGUAUACACAGUGUGUGCCUGUAGAUGCAGAGUAUGACCAUGGCAGUGUGUGGGGUGCCGGUCUAGUUGUUUUGCUGAGGUCACUUUGAAGGAGCAGCAACGAAUAAAUACCAACCCAGUAAAUGAACAAUUUACACAGAAACAACCUUGUUAGUUGAUCUCGUGAAAGGCAACUCGCAUCACUGACAACAAAAUGCGCCCCUCCUUUUUGACAUCAACCAACCCACACCAUCGACUCUCCCAAGUGCCACGCCCAAGCACUCUUUUCCCAUCUGUUCUCGUCCGUAGCGUCAAGGUUUCUGAUAAAACUACCCCCAGCGGAAAAUCCACUCUACUAUUUCAUACCUCAUGUCUUCCGAUUAACACAUGUAAAUCGACGUAACGCGUCGCUUCUGAUGUGUAUUCAGUUUUUCACACUUUUCCUUGCUUAAAAAGUACUGGUCUGUCAAAGAUAUUUCUGGUCACGAGAAACUCUUAAAGACAUUCUGUGGUGACUAGAGGAGCGCCAUGUUUUCAACUCCAUCCCGACACAUUUCAAAACGUUGUAAAAUGUUUAGCUUUGUGAAAUUCUAAUCCUCGUCUCUUUGUCCAAAGAGAGGCACUCAUGACGAGACGUAAAAACCGCUUCAUUUAGCCAAUAAGACCUCUGCUGCCCCCUGCUGGUGUGUUUCUGAGGCUUACUGUUCCUCGUAGGCAAUGAAACUUGCUGCUUCAGCCUUUGGGAGGAGAAAUCUCUCAUUGAAGAGAUGGACGCCAAACUUAUUUUAAACCUAAUUUUAAGCCCGAGUUUAAUUUACAAAGUUCCUUAUACACUUAAAACCAUACAUAAGAAAAAGCAAACAAUAAAAAAAAAUGGUUCAAUAACAUUGGGGUUUCUUUUAUGUCAGAUGAGACGGGUGUAUGUAUAUUUUUUUAAUAUAUCACUUAAAUAUGUUCUUAAACCUUGUGGCCAUAUUUAGAUAGUCUACCUUGUGAUUCAUCUUAGACUUCAGAAGAAAUAAAAAGUCCAAUCUCAGCUGGUUUGUGUUGAACAAAUCAUGUCUAAAUCUCUUUAAAUUCUCAAAUAGCUCACAGCAGCUACAUAUUGUCUCAUAAUUUAUUUUUUGUCUGAAUUUAUUUCAGUGCACUUAAUUUUUUUUUUUUUUCUUUCUUUAGAAUCGCUCGUGGAUUUUCUUGACCAAACUGUUUCGGUUGUUUCCUUUUCCUUUCAACAUGUCAUUUCCUUCCCCCAGACACGGGGAAAAAUCUCCAUCAAGAGUUCAUGUUCGAUUACAUUAUGCUGUUUCCGACUUCCUCCCUCUUUAAUGCGACCCUAUAAAUGCUGAAACCAGGUGAAGUCUUCAAACGGCUCCGCCUGAGUCAAGUAUCCUGUAGAAUGAACGUGUUUUAAGAUGUUUUGGGUACCAGAUGUGUGAAUUUUCUGGAUGAAAAAGAUCCAAGUGGCAUAUAUAUAUAUCAUUGCAUUGGGAUUCUGUCUGAUGGAAGCGUCACCUGUCUCCUGCUCAUUAGCUGAUCAGUAUUUCAAGUGUUUCCACUCCCAAACUCCGUUUGAUCCUCGUCUCCUUCCCGAUGUCGAGCAAAAAGCAAAAAAACACUGCAGGUGACGUCUCCUCUGUUGCCGCCGCAUCACUUUUGUUUUUGUUUUCAUAAUGCAAUGCAAACGUUAUAAAGUGUAAAUAGUGUAAAAUAAAAAUGGGUUUGUUUUACAUACUGUAUAAUUGCCUAUAUUUUGUUUCAGAAGUGUAACAGAUUUAUGAGAUGACAGGUUAACACAUUAAAAAGAAGGAACUGAA